AUGAGUAGCGUUUCUGUGCAAACAAUCCAUGAAAAAGUUUUAAAGCCUUUCCAGAAGCAUAGACAGCUGUCUAUAAGGGAAUCCGAACUCUUGAUAUUAGAGCUGCUGGAGCUGUUAUGUGACACUGCCUUGGAAGAUGAGCUAUCUUUGAAGUAUAUCGCUAGAUUCUUAACUCCUGAGACAUAUUCUGACUUAGUCGAAGAGAGAAAUAUAAACAACAGAUGUGGGUAUCCACUGUGCACAAAAUCACCCGAAAGAAGUAGAAUUAAGACUAAUAAUGCCAAAAUUGAGAACUUUCUUCUGGAAAAUAAUCCUUAUGCUUAUCUUUCAAUGUAUUGUAAUAAGUUCCAUUUCAGAUGUUCUCAAUUUUAUCAGUUACAAUUGUCUGAUGAAGCUCUGUUCACUAGAGUAGGUAUACAUCUUAUUGUUGAUACGAUCCCUAAACAAGGUGAAGAAAAUACAGUCACCCUUUUUGAAGAGCUGCUAAGAGAAAGAGCUACUAAUGAAGAUAUAAAAUCAUUGAUUUCAAGUCUGAAAAAGUUAGGGUUGCAGGGCCAUGAGGGUGAUGCCAACAAGGAAAAUGAGGAUGAAAUCUUAGAGCAAGAGUUAUCAAAGUGGUUGGGAGAGAUUAAUAUCGUAGAAAAUGAAAAUCCUGAUGUUUUGGGUGAUCUAACGAGGGAGGACUGA